AUGCAUCGGGACGUCGUAAAGUUUGUUACGAAGUGUGACAUCUGCUUAACUUAUAAACUCCCUACUCAUAAUGUGUUAGGAGAAAUGGGACGACCUAAACAGUGUUGCCGACCCUUCCAAAUUAUUUCAAUUGAUUUCAUCGGACCCCUGCCAGUUAGUAGAAAACAAAAUUCUUAUAUCUUAGUCGUAACAUGUUGUUUUUCCAAAUAUUGUUUAGCGUUUCCGGUAAGAAGAGCUACAGCCGACAUUGUAAUUAAACAUCUGGAAGACUCUGUAUUUUUAACACAUGGCAUUCCCCAAACGGUGUAUAUGGAUAAUGGCAGCCAAUUUAUUUGUGAGAAGACCAUUGCGUUAUUUAAUAAGUAUAAUAUUCCUAACGUUUUUCUUACACCUAAAUAUACUCCUCAGGUUAAUUUGGUGGAACGCUAUAAUAAAACUAUUGUCACCUGUAUAUCGACCUUUGUGAAAGAAGAUCAGCGUUCUUGGGAUGUAUAUUUGCCUAAAAUACUGUUUGCAAUAAACAACUCCGUUAACGAGGUUACUGGUUACACUCCCUCAUUCCUUGUAUAUGGGCGUGAAUUGGUAAUAUGUGGUUCUCACUACGUUGACAACGACCUUGGCGAUGAAAUUGUUUUCUUACCGCGAGACGCCUAUGCUGAGAACAUCGGUUAUCUCUCUAAAAUAUUCAACAAAGUUCAGGCAUCACUAUGGCAUCAUCAUCAACAAAAUUCCAAACGCUAUAAUUUAAGGAGAAGGUUCACAGAAUUUAACGAAGGCGAUAUUGUAUUUAAGCGCACUUACUAUCUGAGUGAUAAACACAAAUAUUUUAAUAAAAAAUUAGCCCCAAAAUUUAUUAAAUGCCGCAUAACUAAAAAGAGGUCACCUCUAGUGUACGAAUUGGAGGACAUGCACGGUAAAUAUUUAGGGCCAUGGCACAUAAAAGAUUUUAAAUUGUCUAAAUGGCACAUUUUUUGGUUUUGCUGCGGAUUUUUCUACUUAUAG